CUCCCUCGGCCCCGCCCAUUCCCUCUCGCGGAGCUCCUCCUGCUUCCCCUCUCCUUCCGCCAGCGCCGCGGCUGCGCGGUCCCUGCCAUCUUCUAUACUCCGGGACUGCGUUCCCAGCCGUGCGUCCAGUGGGAGUUUCCUCCAGCUCCACCAUGUUGAGCCCACGGCAAGGCCUUCUCAGGCCGGUGGGAUGCGGGGUGGAGGAGCUGCGGCGCCGCCGGCGGGAGCGGGAGGCAGCACUGCGGCGGGCGCGGAGGGAGCAGCAGCUGGUCAGCAAGAGGCUGCUGAGAGACGACACCCCAGAGGAAGCCGAAGGGGGAUGUGUGGCCUCGGUCCUCGGGGAAGCCGAGAUCCAGCAGUUCCUGAGGUUAGCCCAGCGGGGGACAGAGGAAAAGGAGAGAGAAGGAGCUCUGGUCAGCCUUCGCCGAGGCUUGCAGCACCCAGAGACACAGCAGACCUUCAUCAGGCUGGAGGGCAGCAUGCGGACCCUGGUCGGGCUCCUGACCAGCAACCAGGCCCUGCUGCAGCUUGAGGCGGCUCGGUGCCUUCACGAGCUCUCUCAUUCCGAGCAGUCUGAGGUGGCUGAGGCCUGCCUGCCAGCCACGUCCUACCUUCUCACCUACCUCGCCGGUCACAGCGCAGACCUUAUAGAGCUCUGUCUGUAUACACUGGGUAACCUGAUUGUGGAGAGUGAAGCUGGGAGAAGGCAGCUCCUGCCACAGGGCAUUGUUCCAGCCUUGGCUUCCUGCAUCCAGUCCCCCCAUCUGGCUGUGCUGGAAGCCCUUGGAUAUGCCUUGUCCCAGCUGCUGCAGGCUAAGGAAGCGCCAAAGAAGAUCAUCCCUUCCGUCCUGGCCUCCCCUAUUCCGGAGCGUAUGCUGCGACUAUUGCAACCUGGACCAAAGCUGAACUCUGGGGCCGCUGUGGAGUUUGCCUGGUGCCUUCACUACAUCAUCUGCAGCCAGGUCAAUAAUGCCCUGCUCAUCACCCAUGGGGCUGUCUCCACUCUGGGGCUGCUACUGUUGUACUUGGCUGGGACUGUCCAGAGUUCUGAAGAUGCAGGACUGGAGUUGCUGGUGUGCCCUGUGCUUCGGUGUCUAAGCAACUUGCUAUCAGAGGAAGCGGUGGAAGCUGGGGGAGGGCAGGUGCAGCUCAGAGAUGAGCGUGUCGUGGUAUCCGUAUUUAUCCUUCUGCAGUUCCUCCUCCAGAAACACCCCAGCCUGCUUCCUGAGGGCCUUUGGCUUCUUAAUAACCUCACUGCGAACAGCCCUAGCAUCUGUACCUCCUUGCUCUCCCUGGAUCUGAUCAAGCCUCUCUUGCAGUUGUUGCCAGUAUCCAAUGUGGUGAGCGUAUUGGUGCUCACAGUUCUGUGCAACGUUGCAGAGAAGGGUCCUGCUUAUUGCCAGCAUCUGUGGCCAGGGCCCCUGCUCCCCUCCUUGCUGGACACAUUGACCUUCUCUGACACUGAAGUAGUAGGCCAGAGUUUGGAGUUGCUGCAACUGCUGUUCCUCUACCGGCCAGAGGUUGGUUUCUCGUCCUGUUCUCAAUCCUUGUUCUGAAGCUUCUAGCCUCACUAUGGCCCCUUUCCGUCCAGUUCUAACUAUAGCCACUUCUCUGGACCUGGCUAGCCUGUGUCCAGGUCAGAGCCUACAGCCUCUUGCUGGGAAUGUACCCUUUCCCAAGAGGCGGGCUAACCCAUAAGGCUCUGGGAAUUGAGUGUCAGGGCACAGAGACCCAGGUGUCGAAUCCUUUUCUUCCCUGCCUUUAGGCUGCCCAGGCCUUCCUGCAGCAAUCAGGGCUGCAGGCCCUUAAAAGGCACGAGGAGGAAGCACAGCUCCAGGACCGAGUGCAUGCUCUCCAGCAGACAGCUCUUCAUAGAUGACCUGGCUUCUCAGUGUCACUUUACUCCACCCCCCCACCCCUCAGCUUCUGUGCCCCAUGGAGCCCCUUAUGGGGGCGGGAGGGUUAGUGACCAUAAUGAGGCCUCAUGUUCUCUGAUUCCACAUCUAAGCCUAAACCAAGGCCUUUAGACUCCAGCCCUCCCUUUCACUCAGCACUGUCCAGCCAGGAUCAGAGGGAAGUGGGUGUGGGCUACUUACUCUGGGGCCCUGGAAUCUCUCUUUUUUCUUUGGUUUUGUUUUGCUUUAGCAGCUGGUAGCUUUUGAUGGGGCAGAAUAAAAUUUUAUUUUUAUAUUAAA